UUUCAGGUUUUUCAUACCUCAUCAAGGUCUACUUAUAGCCAAAAGAUGGAGUCUAAACGGCUUAAUCACCUAAAUACGUUCCCUCGUAAGUUACUUUCCAGUACUUUUCUCAGUGGUAGAUGUAAAUAAGACUGAAAGAAAUCUUUGUUAUACAGUAAUAAACUGGAGUUAUUUUGUUCUUUCUAGGUUGAUUUCUAUGAUACAUCCGGAUUUGGCACUGAUUUCAGAGGUGCUGAAGGUGUUGAAGUAUGUGACGACAAAUAUUUAACAAGAUUAUCCCGUCAUUAUCCCGUGAAGAAAGGCGCUGUAUCACUGUUUACUCAACCAUUACAACAAUAUUCAACAAUAAAAGAAAAAAAGUAA